UUGUCGUCUGUUUUUCCUUUCUUUCAUAUACCUUCAAUGAAUUAGCCGACUGUAGUAGGUUGACAACAUGGCAUCAAGGGGUUUGGUUAAAUAUUUUAGUGUAAAACAUUGGAAUUUAGUUAGUAUUAGUUCAACUGGAAAAUUUUCUUUUCGAGCUCAUCACAAUUGCCAUUGCGGGCAGUUAUUUGGUUCUGCAGUUAUUCUUGCAAGUUCUAGAUGCAUACUACCGGACAAUCAGGCAUUAUCCGGAUUUGGAAAUCAAACAAGUCAGAGAAAGUUCCAUACAAGUAAUCGUUUGUUGAAGAAAAAAGACUACUAUGAAAUCCUUGGAGUCUCCCGAAAUGCUUCUGCCAAAGACAUUAAGAAAUCCUACUUUCAGCUUGCCAAAAAGUACCAUCCUGACACCAACAAGGAUCCUGAUGCUGUAAAAAGGUUCCAAGAAGUUUCUGAAGCUUAUGAGGUGCUGAGUGAUGAAGGCAAAAGAAAAGAGUAUGACUCAUGGGGAGCUACAUCGGAACAGAUGGGUAUGGGAGGACCUCCACCAGGAGCCAAUCAAGGAUUUGGUGCCCAACAUUGGCAAUUCCAUUCUUCAAUUGAUCCAGAGGAACUAUUCCGCAAGAUCUUUGGAGAAGCUGGUUUUAAGGCAAACAACUUUGGAGAAGAGUUUGCUGAUUCCCAAUUUGGUUUUGGAGCAGCUCAAGAGGUGUCUAUGAGGCUGACAUUCACUCAAGCAGCAAGAGGGGUCAACAAGGAGAUCACUGUAAAUGUGGUAGACACCUGUCCCAAGUGUAACGGGUCUCGUACCGAGCCAGGGACCAAGGCUAUCCGCUGCCAUUACUGCAGUGGCACUGGCUUCGAGACAAUAUCAACGGGGCCGUUUGUGAUGAGGUCGACUUGCCGUUACUGCAAUGGAACUCGCAUGCUCAUCAAGUUUCCUUGUACCGAGUGUGAGGGCAAGGGAAGUAACGUUCAACGUAAGAAAGUUGUGGUGCGAGUUCCUCCAGGAGUUGAAGACGGGCAGACAGUUAGGUUACCAGUGGGAAACAAAGAACUGUUUAUCACUUUCCGAGUGGACAAGUCCGACUAUUUUCGCAGAGAUGGACCAGACGUUCACACAGAUGCUGAAAUCUCCUUGUCCCAGGCAGUCCUGGGUGGCACCAUCAGGAUACAAGGGAUAUAUGAGGACCACACUGUGCAGAUAUCACCAGGAACAUCAUCCCAUACAAGGCUGCGGUUGAGCGAGAAGGGGCUGAAGAAAGUGAACACAACGAGUGGCUACGGAGAUCACUAUGUCCACAUUAAGGUCAAGGUACCCAAGAAGCUAACGGAGAAGCAGCGAGCACUCGUAUUGGCAUACGCGGAGCUGGAAGAUGACACACCAGGAAUCAUUCGUGGCAUCACAUACAAGAAAGAUGGUAGUAAACUUUGCUAUGAAGGGUCUGAUAAUGAUCUCUUAAACCAAGUGCGAGAGGCCAUCAGUGACCCGGAGAAGACUUCAGCAUCCGUUGAACCGGAGAAGAUCGGCAAGAAAGUGUCGGACAAUGUGGAACACCACUCUUCCGACACUAAACGUGGCGAGUUGAACUGAGUUCUUAUUCUAGUGACAAAUAGCAAAUAUUUACCAACGUUAGAUGAUAGUUGAUCGUCUUUAAUAUUACCAAACCCCAUCAAAUUCCAUGAUCACUAUUAAUAAAGAAAUGUUAAGUCUAUUUUGUUAACUUGAUCAUUAGCAAUGUCUGUGUUAUUUUUUGUAUUUAAGUCUGAACUUUGCAUACGUUAUGUUAAUAAAGUUGGCUUAAUUA